AUGGUAUUAACAUCGAAAGCAACAACAGCAUAUCCUCUGGCACAACCAGAGGAUCGGGAACCAAAACAGAAGAAUGAGCUGUAUCAUACUGUGCCAAAAGCAUCGGAAGCUGUUGGGCCACAUGUCUCUGCAUCUCUGAUGGCACUCAAAAAGAAUGACUCCAUUAAUUUGGUGGACACUUGCGCUGGGGUAGUUGAGCUGAUCGAAAGUUUCGCCAAUCUACCCGUAACGCCCCCGUCUUUGUAUGUCGACCUUGAGGGUAUCAACCUUUCCCGAUAUGGAACGAUAUCGAUUCUUCAAAUCUUCGUUCUGCCGAAACAGUCAACAUUUUUGAUUGACAUCCACAAACUAAGACACAACGCGUUCUCCUAUUCUGCCCCAAACGGAAUCACGCUUCGGCAUGUCCUGGAAUCACCUUCUAUCCCCAAGGUCUUUUUCGAUGUUCGCAACGAUUCAGAUGCCCUCUUCAGCCACUACCAGAUCAAGUUGUCUGGCGUGCAUGAUCUUCAGUUGAUGGAGCUUGCAACGCGCAGUUUUUCAAGAAGAUGUGUGAGUGGGCUUAGCAAGUGUUUGGAAAAAGAUUUGCCGAUGACUGCCAGUGAAAGGGCGAAGUGGAAAUAUGUCAAAGACAAAGGCAGAAGAUUAUUUGCACCUGAGUGUGGAGGUUCCUACGAGGUUUUCAAUACUCGUCCGCUUCCAGAUGAGAUUCGGCAAUAUUGUGCGGGGGAUGUCCAGUUAUUACCUGAACUAUGGCGGAACUACAAUUCUAAAAUAACACCCCGAUGGGCAGCAAGAGUGGAGUCAGAAGUGAAGAAUCGUGUUUGGCUUUCUCAAUCCGCAACAUUCAACGGAAAAGGAAGACAUAUGGCCUUAGCACCCGCACACUGGGCCUAG